AUGCAGGUUCUGCGCGUGUUGAAUCUGUCAGGGAACAGGAUCGAGGGCGUUGGGCGUCACUACUCGGAUGCUCGCAAACAGAUAGGACUCUUCCGAUGUGAAAGCAUAGACCUGUCUUCCAAUCAACUGCAAGACUGGCCGACAUUCUUAUCCAACCUUCCUAAACUUCAUUCCCUCGUUCUUUCUGCAAAUCCACUAGGAACACCCAGCGAGGGUGGUUUAGCAAAGUUCACAUCUUUGACAGAGCUAGGUCUAGGAGCUGGUCUCACAUCGGAAGCGGUUCUGUCUUGCCUUCGAAGUUGUCCAGCUCUGGAGUCCUUGACUCUGGAGAACAACGGGAUAGGAAGAGCAGAAUGGAUGGAGAGUCCUGCUAAAUCAGCAACGCCCUGCCUUCUGGGAGGUGAUGAUGUCGACCCGGCCCAUCGGUCGACGGGAGCAGAGGCAAAGGACAGGGAUCUCACAAGAAGUGCUGACCGCCCUGAACCUGUUGACCCCAACAUCGUCUUGUCUUGGAAGGCUAUCGGCUCCAUGUACUGGGUGAAGACGCUGAAUCUCAGCCGCAAUCAGCUCAACUGCGUGCCCAAACUUUUCUCGAGGUUCACUAACUUGGAAAGUUUGAACCUCAGCAACAAUGUAAUCAACCGUGUCCCCGAGCUGGAGUUGCCAGCAUUGAAGAAGAUCGACCUCUCGCACAACCUGAUCAGUGAUGUAAACUUCACCCUGAAGAAGUUGGACGGCAUUGACAAGCACUUUCACGGCAUCCAGGACCUCAACAUAAGCUGGAACAAACUUGUAUCAUUGCCUCGUUUUGAAAUGCAAGAUGAAGGGAGUUGCUCUCAGACCUUUCGUUUCGAGCUUGCUCUAGCUCAGGAUUAA